AUGACUUACGCUGAUGAACCUAGAACGACCCAUUCGACCUCCAAACGCCAAAAUACAUGCAACAUACGUUCUGAUAAUAGAUCUUUUAAUUCCAAACAGGUCACCGACGUCAAGAGGCUGUGUCAGACGAUCGGCGGAAAAGAGACGGAGAAUAAGUUACUACUGCAGAUCAGUGAAGCCAAGCAAGUGUCCGACUUUGAAAGGAUUCUUAAUUCUAAUGCAAUACUGUGGGAGCGCGCUCACGGUCACGUGUGGCACAAACACGUCGCUACACACACCCCUACGUCUCUGCUUCCGUCGCGACCUCGCUCCUCUUAUUCGCUCCGAGCUGUAAGUCAAGCUUAUCACUAUCUCUUUCGGCAGCACGAAGAAUCUCUGCAGCCUCUUAUAGACAAAUACCGCCAAGAUAAUGUCAACGACCAUAAAAAUCCAUCCGUGAGCUUAUUAGAAAACAAUUGGUACGAAAAUCUUCAGGAUUUGUCCGAAUUUUAUGAAGACGAUCCAGCGUUACAAAAGGAAAUCGAAAGUAUAACUGAUCGAAUUAUCGCAGAAGAAGUUCGGACAAGUGAAGGUGAACAAGCAACGACUCGUAGUAACUUUAAUGUUAAUUUAGCUGAGCUAUUUGGUCUACACGUAAACGGAGACGGCGUGUCUCCAACUCACAGAGAAGACUUAGGCCCAUCGCCAGCAACAGAAACAAAUGAAACCUGCGACGAGAAGGAAUGGCUCGAUCCGAUUAUGAACUCGAACUCCGAUGAUCGAGAAAAUUCUAGAGACAACAUCGGCUCGAGCGUCGAUUGUCUGGCUCAAAACCUAAAUACGGUUCAAAUUGAUUGCGAUACCAAUGUGCCAACAAUAACGUUUAGUAAUUGUUGUGAAGGUCGUUCGCGAGCCGACAUACCUAACAAUACAGACGUCGUCAUCCAUCUGACCGUGCCCGCAAUUGAAAACUCUGAUGAAUCCCGCCCGCCAAUGAUGUGACCU